AUGACGAAGGCAUACCCAAGUAUUGAAAGGAAUGAUCUGAUUUUGCUCCAGGAGAUUGCCAGCUACAUGCUUCUUGCAUGUGGAGCUGUCUAUGUGAUCUCGGGGAUAUUGUGCAUUGGUGUGCUAAAACGUUCAAGGCAGCAGAAAGUGACAUCACGGGAGCAAGCAGCCAAGGAUCUGCAGUAUUUCAGUUACUCCACUUUCAGUGACUGUGAUAAGAUUAUUCUUUUCCUGAACCUCCUUGUUUUGCUUCCCAUGGAUAGUUCAGGAGAAUCUAUAGCUGUAGCUGAAAACCAAGUGUAG